CACCUAUGAUAUUAAUGGAGUAAUCUGUGCCUGGCCUUAUUACACCACACUAUUUAUUUCUUUGUCUUUUCUAGCCAAGCCUGGUUUGAUCGUACUCUGUGUAGUUGGAGGUGUGGCAGUUUUGGCAAUCAUCGUUGCAGUAAUAGCUUACGGUUUGCACAAGAAGAAGUCAGACGUUGCAUCGUUCUCAAACGGUAACUAUGAAAGGGCAGAUCCAAACGGCACUGCUGGUUCAGCAGAGAGGACGUCUCCAGGUAACGUUUAUGGAAGUGUAAAUCAAGGAUAUCACUAUGACGGCACGAAUGGCCAGAGCCAGGAGAUGGUGACAUUUAAGGGGAUAACUCCAAAUCCAGCGCAGACGCCUGGGAUUACAAUCAACGACUCCAGUAUGACAAAGAAAGCGCAACCUGGUGAAGGAAUGUACGCUGAUCUUGGGGAAUUCCAUCAGAAGGCACCCGCCCCUCCAACCACACCGGUUAAGAUGCCCCCCGAAUAUGAGAGAACAGAAUACGCAGAAAUAACUCAAUUCCUUCGCGUACCAGUGAAGACAGAUGACGAGAAGGAAAAUGACGAGAAGGAAAAUGACGAGAAGGAAAAUGACGAGAAGGAAAAUGACGAGAAGGAAAAUGACGAGAAGGAAGACGAAUCAAAUGUGGAAAAAAAUUCAUCCCCGGAUAAAGGCGAAGAUCCAUCCCCCAGUAUGGGCGAAGAUCCAUCCCCUGAUAUGGGUGUUGCUGGUGACAGAAACAGCAGCGGACCGGUGGGAUUUGUCGUUAGCAUUUAAUGAUAGAAGACGGUGUGAACAAGGAAGACGAAGCCAUUUCUGGCUUGGCGGAUUGGCAGUUAAAUCUAAUUUUAACAAUUUUUAGCGUAGUAUUCAUACUUAGAUGUAAUUAUAAGAAUCAAAACUAAAAUCUUCAUUUGCGAUUCACAGUAAUUUGGUAAGAGUAAAUUUAACCGUCAUCCAAAGAACCUGAUGAAAAACGUGCAAUAUUCAGCUGGUUGUCAGGAUAAGGGAAAUGACGUGUUCGCUCAUAUUUGAACGUUGAUGAAGUUCAUCAGCGGCGGCUCUAUGUUUAACAGUUUUGUACACUUAAGCAACAAGUAUUGUUAUUUAGUGAACCAGUCAGCCUUCAGUAUGUUUAAAAUUUCUUAGUUUUUUUUCUGUCAUCAUAGCCCUCGUGUCACUUGAGUUAUAACAAUGUAGUUUACCUCGAGGAAGAGGAAAAGUUAGGUUGGAAAAAUGUUUUUAGAAUUAAAAAAUGUACCUAAUUCGGCUUUUGCAGUUUUAUGGUAACGUAAUGUAUUUUGUAACUUAAGUGAAGGUAAUAGGAUAAUUUUAAUGCAAUUACAUGGAUAAAUGUUGUAUAAGAAGACACAUAAGUAGUAAAAGCAAGUCGGACUUGCUUUAAGUAAAAUGACAAUUCGUAACCAAAAUAAGUGUUUAGCUCUGUUUAGGUGUGAGGGGUAGUCACAUUGACAUUUACUUAAAAGUUAUUUUUAUUAUUAGGAAAUAAUACUUUCUUGUUAAAGUAGCGAGUUCGAGUCACUGUAGCCCUUCUUAGUUAAGUGGUAUGUUGCCAGUCAGGAUUUCUGUGAUAGGAUCGUGGACAUGGGUCCUAAAGCGACACUGUGAGAUGUUCUAUACAUUACUAAGUGUAAACCAUGACUAAAUCUACCGGUUUAGUAUUCAUAUACGAGGCACCCUCUGAGAAACCUUUCUCGAAAUUGAUAGUGAGGUAUUUUCGUAGUCUUUAAGUAUUUUUCUAGAUACAGAAUCUAAGGGCUUCUGUCGCAGCUUCGUUCUCGUUUCGCCUCAUGUGUUCAUAUCCAAGUAUGUACACAUGAAAUCGCUUAAUUUUAACACACGAAAAAAAUUAAGAUUCGCAUAUGUGGAGUAACUAAUCAACUGUGCGGUUUAAGGUUAAGUUUGGGUUCUAAAUAGAAAGUCACUAAAUUUUGCUUUACGCUUUAGUCAGUAGUUUAGUUCUCGCAAAUCGCUGUCUUUUUCAUGCCUUAAAGGUAACGUUAUACUUAGAUAUAGAGGUUAACAGCUCUUUUUUAGGUCUGGUAGGUCAAGUAAUGAUCCUACGAUGUAUUUGUUUAUUGGUAGUAUGGAAACCAAAAUUGUGUUCAGAAAGUGUUUUGAGUUAAAGGAGCUUGUACUGACGAUAUAAUGUUAAAGGAAUUAUACCCAAGCAGGAGUAACGUUCUAAUUUUUAGUGAUUGCAGUACAGAAAUAGCUUACUGCAUAUUUUGUAGGAUAUUUAAAGCAUUCAUUUAAUGAACGUGGUUGGUACUAUUUAUUCAAGUAGUCGCGUGGUAUUAAUAAUAUCUUAGAAGGGAACGGGAAUAUUUUUUUUUGUCAUCUUUAUAACUGUAUAAGUAUUAAGCUCGAGAUUUCUAUCGCGUGGAAGUUGAUGAAGGGGAAACUCAAAACCGCGAUUGGGCCCAGAAAGUAAGCGGGGAAUCUUAAUUGUUUUGGUAUAAAAUACCAGUAGUUCCAACCUUAACAAUAAGUUAGGUUCGUGUUUUCGUUGUAAUUUGUUUGCAAUCGCACAGCAAAAGGCUUCUCACUUUGCCUGCUAUCUAUCACUGAUUGGAUAGCG